AGGAAAUCCCGGGCAGCUGCCGUGGGACCCGCUCGCCUCUUCUCUCCUCCUCGCCUCUCUGCCUCGCCGGGCCGCCGUGCUGAGUCAAGCCGAGCCAGCCCUGCGUGUGUGUGCAUGCGUAGGCGGGGGGCUGCUGCAUGGAUUUAGCGAAGGCUGGGAGGGAACACAUGGGUUGGGUUUUUUUUUCUUGGCCCACAGCGGCUGUCCGUCCUGCCGGCCACAGUUAUGGAUUCGAUCAUUAUUCAGGAGCGGUUAGUGGAGCGGCUGCUUUCUCCUCGGACGCAGGCACAGCGAAGCCACCCAGCCAAGCUGAAGGACCAUGAGAAGCAGUACGUGGGCUUUGCCACUCUGCCGAACCAGGUCCACCGGAAAUCCGUGAAGAAGGGUUUCGACUUCACCCUGAUGGUCGCAGGAGAGUCGGGUCUGGGCAAAUCCACGCUGGUGAAUAGCCUGUUCCUGACAGACCUCUACAAAGACAAAAAGCUCCUCAACGCUGAGGAGAGAAUCAACCAGACAGUGGAGAUCGUCAAGCACACAGUGGACAUUGAGGAGAAGGGUGUCAAGCUGAAGCUGACGAUAGUGGACACACCAGGCUUUGGAGAUGCUGUUAACAACACUGAGUGCUGGAAGCCCAUCACUGACUACAUCGACCAGCAGUUUGAACAGUAUUUCCGUGAUGAGAGCGGCCUGAACCGGAAGAACAUCCAGGACAACCGAGUGCAUUGCUGCCUCUACUUCAUCUCACCCUUCGGGCAUGGGCUGAGGCCUGUGGAUGUUGAGUUCAUGAAGGCUCUGCAUGAGAAGGUCAACAUUGUGCCCCUGAUUGCCAAAGCUGACUGCCUGAUCCCCUCCGAGAUCCGGAAGCUAAAAGAGAGGAUCCGGGAAGAGAUUGACAAGUUUAGCAUUAAAGUGUACCAGUUCCCUGAGUGUGACUCUGAUGAAGACGAGGAGUUCAAGCAGCAAGACAGAGAGCUGAAGGAGAGCGCUCCCUUUGCUGUCAUCGGCAGUAACACUGUGGUGGAGGCAAAAGGCCAGCGCGUCCGUGGACGGCUCUACCCCUGGGGCAUUGUGGAAGUGGAAAACCAGGCACACUGUGACUUCGUGAAGCUGCGGAACAUGCUGAUCCGGACACACAUGCAUGACCUGAAGGACGUCACUUGCGAUGUCCACUAUGAGAACUACCGAGCUCAGUGCAUCCAGCAAAUGACCAGCAAGCUGACUCAGGACAACAGGAUAGAAAGCCCGAUUCCUAUCCUGCCCCUCCCAACACCGGACACUGAGACAGAGAAGCUGAUCAAAAUGAAGGAUGAGGAGUUACGGCGGAUGCAGGAGAUGCUGCAGAAGAUGCAGCAGCAGAUGCAGGAUCAGUGAGAGGCAGGUACUCGGAGGGCAGAGGGAAUCCCCCAGUGACCAUCUGAGGCCUGGCAAGAGCUGUGGACGCUUAGAAAAGGUUUCCCGUUGUAUAGAGACUUGUGGGCAAGAGCUGCACCCACACCCUCUAAUUUAUUAGCAGCAAUGCUGGCUUUGCAGUCAGCUGGAUUGUGGAGGAGGCUGUUCACUUAACGGUUUACUGAUGUGUAUUUCUUUUUUAAUAAUUAUUCUUUCUUUUCUUUUUUCUUUUUUUUUUUAAAAAAAAAAAAAGAAAAUAGCCGGGGAAGUCUCUCAGGCAUCCUAAAAAA